CGAAAAAGAGGAUUUCUGUCCCAAUCACAUAAACAGCAAGUAAUAGCAGUACCAUGGCCUUUUUCAGAUACGCAUGGCCUGUGGCUGUUGCGUUGGGCUACUUGUUCUAUACUUUAACCUAUGUUUGUCCCAUUGCUGAUCCAUACAUCCACUCCGCAGGGGAGCUCCACAGCUUGCUGCCGGUGGUGUACCAUACGUGUACGUUUAGCAACAGUUACUUGAAGCCAGUAUUCCAUGAAUCGGUGUUGCCUGUCUAUACCAAUGUAGUUGAACCGCGUCUUGUUGCUGUCGAUGAGUCUUUGCACAUUUCGCAGGCUGUAGAUUCUACCAAACAGUUUGUCUUGGGUCUUGACGAAAACUACAAAAUCAGCACCCAUUUUGAAAACGCAUGUGUGACAUACCAUCGUAAAGUUCUUGAACUCACGGACUACUUGGAACGUAACGUGUAUCCUGAGAUCUGGCGAUAUGUAGAAAAAGCCCGCUUCAGGCUCUUGUUCUACUUCCGUGUCGCCAAAUUGAACGUGUAUGUUUACGGCGGAGUAGCCUACGGCAAGUUGGACGAGUUCGGGGUUAGUUCGGCAGUGAACAACGCUGUAAAUUUUGUAACAUCAAUUGAAUUCGUCCAGAAACUCAUUUUGUGUUAUCAGGACAUCGUAACCAAGUUGUUGGAAAAGAAGAGUUCAAUCAACUUACAGCAGAAGGGUCGUUUCCUCCAACAGGAAUUUAAGAACUUGAUCAAAUUCAACCAGUUCUAUAGCAACAUAAAGCUGAAAGGCGAUGUCCAGAAGAAAAACAUAGCUGAGAUCGUGAAGGAUCUCUUGAACAAGGUUUCUGACAAAACCACUGAUGACGAGGAUUACGACAGCGAUGUCUCAGACGAGGAAGAAGAGCCUAUUGUGGUACUUUUAACCUCGACAAUUACCGUAACUGACGAAAGUGUGCCAACGAGCGAUGUCAGCGUAGAAGCAAUUCAAGAUCCUACAUUGUUGAGAAUCAAUGAAGAAUUGCAAUUCUGGGAGACCAAAGUUAACAAGACAUUGCAGUUGGCCCAGAGCAACUUGGAGAUAGAAAUGAAGCCCAUUGUCAACAACUCCAUUGAACUGAUUAAGCCGCAAAUCAGUAUUCUUUUGCUGAACUUGCAGAAGGAUUGUUAUUCUCAGUACCAGAUUCUCAGCAAGAAGAUUUCUGAGAUCAAUAAGGACUAUGAGAAGAUCAAGCAGACUAACGACUCAACAAUUGAAACUGUUUCAAGGCAGGAAAUCAGGGACGACAUCGCUGCUACUUACAAGUUGCCUGAAGGAGCAUCGGAGGCCAUUCAACAACUCCUUGUGGAUACCCAUGAUCAGGUAUUAGUAGAGUAUUUCAAAGUGGUUCAGGAUACAAUCGAUAUCUUGGAAUCGUUUUCUGAGACUACUAUUCAAGAGUUUUCCAAACAGUUGACGCUGGUCUUGGACGAGCUUGAAUUGGAAGACGAUGAAAUCACUUGGAAAACUUGGAAGAGAUUCCACAGAGUCAAGGAAGAUAUCUUCAAGUUCAGAGACUUCAUUUUUGACACUGCUAAUGAGUACAAAACUAGCAACAACAAGGACUUGAAGGCUCUUGGCUUGGACGGAUGGAACGACUAUUUGAAGAAUGUAGAGUUCCAUAUCAACUAUUUAGUUCGUGACAAUGAUGACUACUUGAGAUUGGUCAGAGCUAAGGCCAACGUUGCUUUCCAAUUGAGGGAAGCCACGGUGAGAAAAUUGGAAGAAGAGAAUGUGGACGCCGAAGAGAGGUUCGAAGAAACAGUUGAAGAAGUUCAGGAACCCAUUCCUGAAGUUGUGUCCGAAGACUCUGCCAUUGAAGAGGUGGAAGUGGAAUCUGCUGUUGAGGACGUUGAUCCUAUUAACAAUGAUGAAGCUGAGAUUGUGGAAGAACAUUUAGACUCUGAAAAAGAACAAUUUGUGGAAAGCAGUGAAGCUGAAAAUUUCGAAACAGAGGAGAUAGUUGAAGAUGAAAAUUCAGAGACAGAGGAGAUAGUUGAAAAUGAAAGCUCCGACACAGAGGCAAUAGUCGAAGAUGAAAGCUCCGAUACGGAGGCAAUAGUCGAAGAUGAAAGUUCUGGGACUGAGGAAAUAGUAGACGACGAGAGCUCUAACACAGAGGAGAUAGUAGACGACGAAAGCUCCGACACAGAGGAAAUUGUUGAUGAAAACUCUGAGACAGAAGAGACAAUCGAUGAAAACUCUGAGACAGAAGAAGUGGUCGAAGCCGAAGAGGCUCCUGAAGUUCAGGAAGAAGAAGAAGAAGAAGAAGAAGAAGAAGAAGAAGUAGAAGUGGUUGUGGUGGAGGUGGAAGAGGUUGAAGAGAGCGAAAACGACGCAGAUGUGGAUACUGACAUCGAGCUUGGAGAAGAAGCUUAAGUAAUUUGCAACAUAUUAUCCCCAAUUGACAUUGAUAGAUUUCGGUUUCGGAGAAAAUCCUGCCAGGUAAAUAGUUCUAAUCUAUAAUAAAUAAUAUAAUAAU